AUGAGCUACGCAAAAGAGCUCGAAAUUGCAUGCCUCGCCGUGCAGCGCGCAGCCCGCCUGACAAAAACCAUUCUGGCCAGCGUCGACAAGGGCGCCCUCGACAAACAGGACAACACGCCCGUCACCAUUGCCGACUUUGCAGCCCAAGCACUCAUUAUCAGCGCCAUACACCAUGUUUUCCCUGCAGACCAGUUUGUCGGCGAGGAGUCGUCGGGUGCGCUGCGUGAGAAUCCGCAGUUGUUAGAUAGAGUGUGGGAAGUGGUUUCGACGACCAAGCUGGAGGAUGUUGAUGGCGAGGAAAAGAGAAUAGUUCUGGCAACGCCAUCCUCGCCAGACGAGAUGUUGGAUCUGAUCGACCUCGGCGGCAAAGGUGCUGGCGGAUCCGAGGGUCGUAUCUGGGUGCUUGAUCCGGUCGAUGGCACGGCGACGUUUAUCAAGGGCCAGCAGUACGCUGUAUGUCUGGCGCUGCUCGAAGACGGGCAGCAAAAAGUGGGCGUGUUGGGGUGUCCGAAUCUCAAGCUCGAGUCUGACGACCUGCAAAGGACACGCGUCCAGGAAGAUGUUGUUGACAGCGCCGGCGCUGGACAGGUGCUUUAUGCUGUGCUCGGGCAAGGGGCAUAUAUCCAACCUUUAUCCAACACAACACGUCUUCUAGAAGAUCAACGACAACGUCUUCCAACCCGCCAGCCCACCGACCCCAGCGACGUCCGCUUCGUCGACUGCGCAUACGCCGACUCGACCGACUACAACAAACACGGCCUGGUCGCGAAAGCGCUCGGCGCGCCCUGGCCCGCCACGGCCGAUCUGUGGUCGUCGCAGAUGCGCUAUGUCGCGCUUGCAGUGGGCGAGUGCAACACGCUCAUCAAGAUUGUGCGCCAGCAGGACCACCGCUCGAGUAUCUGGGACCAUGCGGGCGGUAUGCUUAUUGCGCAGGAGGUUGGCUGUACGAUUACAGAUGUGCGUGGGGAUUCGGUGAGUUGUGGGCAAGGUAGGAAAUUAGCGGGCGCGUAUGGACUGGUUGUUGCGCCUGCGCCGGUUCAUGCGAGAGUGCUGGAGGCUGUGAAGGAGGUUAUUCAGAGGAGUUAG